AUGUGGACCUCACGUUCGCGAAAGUGGUACGGCACCCUCGACGACACGAGACGCGGUGAAGUACUGGUCGAAAACUGCAGCGCCAAGUGCGUCGUCACCAACGACCUGUGUCUCCUGGACUUCAGCGACGCCGUCGUCUUUCAUCUGCCCGACUUCCGGAUCUGGGAUCUUCCGCCGAGACGCCAUAGCUGGCAGAGGUGGGUAUUCCACAUGAUGGAAACCCCUAAAAGCAUCGAGUACGUGGAUUUGAACCCCGUGCGCGACAUCUUCAACUGGACAAUGACGUACCGGUCAGACUCGGACGUCUACGUGCCCUAUGGCCGGACCGUGGACCAUGGCACCAAGCCCGCGGCCACGAAGAGGGACAUGAAAGCCCUGUGGAAGACAAAGAGCAGAACCGCCGUAUGGCUGAUUAGCGACUGCCUGAGUUACAGCGGACGGAAGACUUCAGUCGAGAACUCCAGCAGUACAUGGACGUCGACGUUUAUGGUAAAUGCGGUCCGCGCGACUUUCCGAAGACCGGAGUUAACGCCUCCUAUGAAACACUUCGAGCGCAAUUACCACUUCAUACUUACUUUCGAGGACUCUAUAUGCGCGGAAUACGUAACCGAGAAACUGUUCACUGCUCUCAAGUACGACAUCGUGCCUGUGGUGUUUGGCGGUGCAAACUACAGCCGGAUCCGCACCGCGCCACUCUUACAUCGACGCCUUUGCUUUCGAAUCUUUUGA